GGCAGCAGCCCGACCCGGCGAGCAUGGGCGGCGCGGAGUGACGCUGCCGUGCCCGCUUGGCAUCAAGGACACUCAGCCCGCGGGGGUGGGGACGAAGGGGGCAGCCCCCGAGCGCCGCCGCCGCUGCUCAGGCUCCGGGGCUGCGCGGAGGAGAGGGCGCCUGGAAUCGAUCCACAUCUCCCGACCUUUUUGUUGGACAUUACGCCCACCUCGGACGCUGCAAGAGGAGCUGUCAAGCCCCGCGGGCGCCGGGCUGACACCCUCCGUUUUCCGUCGCUGCCCGCGGCUUCCGCGAGCCUCGGCGGAGUCUCUGCGUUCGGGGCUGGGGCUGGAGGAGGCAGCCACACGCGCGCACACGCGCACGUUCGGAGGAGGGCGAGAGGCAGCGGCACAGGCACCAUCCGCAGUGUCAAUGCGGCGCUCCCGCUGAAGGAGGAGACGCGGCGUCUGCAGGGGACGCUGCCCUGCUGACUCGUGCGCCCCCUCGCCGAGGACAUAGCUGUGGCCAAGUGCUGCUGUAUUGCCCGUCUCCGCUCUGAAAUGAAAGCCAUGCCCUGGAACUGGACUUGCCUGCUCUCCCACCUCCUGAUGGUGGGCAUGGGCUCCUGCACGCUGCUGUCUCGGCAGCCGCCCGCGCCGGCCCAGAAGCGCUCUUUUGCCACCUUCCGAGGGGAGCCCGCCGAGAGCUUCAAUCACCUGGUGGUGGACGAGAGGACAGGGCACAUUUACCUGGGGGCCGUCAACCGGAUCUACAAGCUGUCCAGCGACCUGAAGGUCUUGGUGACCCACCAGACGGGGCCGGACGAGGACAACCCCAAGUGCUACCCACCCCGCAUCGUGCAGACAUGCAUGGAGCCUCUGACCACCACCAACAACGUCAACAAGAUGCUGCUCAUUGACUACAAGGAGAACCGGCUGAUCGCAUGCGGGAGCCUGUUCCAGGGCGUCUGCAAGCUCCUGAGGCUGGAUGACCUCUUCAAGCUGGCCGAGCCCUUCCACAAGAAGGAGCACUACCUGUCGGGCGCCAACGGCAGCGGCGCCGUCUUCGGCGUGAUCGUCUCCUACAGCAACCUGGAUGAUAAGCUGUUCAUCGCCACGGCCGUGGACGGCAAGCCCGAGUACUUCCCCACCAUCUCCAGCCGGAAGCUGACCAAGAACUCGGAGGCGGACGGCAUGUUCGCCUACGUCUUCCAUGAUGAGUUUGUGGCCUCCAUGAUCAAGAUCCCGUCCGACACGUUCACGGUCAUCCCCGACUUCGAUAUCUACUACGUCUAUGGUUUCAGCAGUGGCAACUUCGUCUACUUUUUGACGCUUCAGCCUGAGAUGGUGUCUCCCCCAGGCUCUACCACAAAGGAGCAGGUGUACACGUCCAAGCUGGUGAGGCUGUGUAAGGAGGACACAGCCUUCAACUCCUACGUGGAGGUGCCCAUCGGCUGUGAGCACAACGGGGUGGAGUACCGCUUGCUGCAGGCCGCCUAUCUGUCCAAGGCCGGGGCCGUGCUCGCCCGCAACCUUGGGGUGCAUCUGGACGACCACCUGCUCUUCACCGUCUUCUCCAAGGGCCAGAAGCGGAAGAUGAAGUCCCUGGAUGAGUCGGCCUUGUGCAUCUUCAUCUUGAAGCAAAUCAAUGACCGCAUUAAGGAGCGGCUACAGUCCUGCUACCGGGGUGAGGGCACGCUGGACCUGGCCUGGCUCAAGGUGAAAGACAUCCCCUGUAGCAGCGCGCUCCUAACCAUCGACGAUAACUUCUGUGGCCUGGAUAUGAAUGCACCCCUGGGAGUGUCGGAGAUGGUGCGUGGCAUCCCCGUCUUCACAGAGGACAGGGACCGCAUGACUGCUGUCAUCGCGUACGUCUACAAGAACCACUCUCUGGCCUUCGUGGGCACCAAGAGCGGCAAGCUGAAGAAGAUCCGGGUGGACGGGCCCAGGGGCAAUGCUCUCCAAUACGAGACCGUGCAGGUGGUGGACCCCGGUCCUGUCCUCCGGGACAUGGCCUUCUCCAAGGACCGUGAGCAACUCUACAUCAUGUCAGAGAGGCAGCUCACCAGCGUUCCUGUGGAGUCCUGCGGGCAGUACCAGAGCUGCAGCGAGUGCCUGGGCUCAGGCGAUCCGCACUGCGGCUGGUGUGUGCUCCACAACACGUGCACUCGCAAGGAGCGGUGUGAGCGGUCCAGGGAGCCCCGUAGGUUUGCCUCGGAGAUGAAGCAGUGUGUCCGGCUGACUGUCCAUCCCAACAACAUCUCCGUCUCGCAGUACAACGUGCUGCUGGUCCUGGAGACUUACAAUGUUCCAGAGCUGUCAGCCGGUGUCAACUGCACCUUUGAGGACCUGUCGGAGAUGGACGGACUGGUAGUGGGCAGCCAGAUCCAGUGCUACUCCCCCGCAGCCAAGGAGGUGCCCCGCAUAAUCACUGGGCACGGGGACCACCAUGUCGUGCAGCUGCAGCUCAAGUCCAAGGAGACGGGCAUGACCUUUGCCAGCACCAGCUUUGUCUUCUACAACUGCAGUGUCCACAACUCCUGCCUGUCGUGCGUGGAGAGCCCCUACCGCUGCCACUGGUGCAAAUACCGACACAUGUGCACCCACGACCCCAAGACAUGCUCCUUCCAGGAAGGCCGAGUGAAGCUGCCUGAGGACUGCCCCCAGCUGCUUCGCGUGGACAAGAUCCUGGUGCCCGUGGAGGUGAUCAAGCCCAUCACCCUGAAGGCCAAGAACCUGCCGCAGCCGCAGUCGGGGCAGCGCGGCUACGAGUGCAUCCUCACCAUCCAGGGCAGCGAGCAGAGGGUGCCCGCCCUGCGCUUCAACAGCUCCAGCGUGCAGUGCCAGAACACGUCUUACUCCUACGAAGGCAUGGGCAUCAACAACCUGCCCGUGGAGUUGACGGUCGUGUGGAACGGGCACUUCACCAUCGACAAUCCGGCUCAGAACAAAGUUCACCUCUACAAGUGUGGAGCUAUGCGCCAGAGCUGCGGGCUGUGCCUCAAGGCUGACCCCGACUUCGAGUGCGGCUGGUGCCAGGGCCCCGGCCAGUGCACCCUGCGCCAGCACUGUCCUGCCCACGAGAGCCGGUGGCUGGAGCUGUCAGGUGCUAACAGCAAGUGCACGAACCCUCGCAUCACAGAGAUCAUCCCAGUGACAGGCCCCCGGGAAGGGGGCACCAAGGUCACCAUCCGUGGGGAGAACCUGGGCCUGGAGUUCCGGGACAUCGCCUCCCACGUGAAGGUGGCCGGCGUGGAGUGCAGUCCGCUGGUGGAUGGCUACAUCCCAGCCGAACAGAUCGUGUGUGAGAUGGGAGAGGCGAAGCCCAGCCAGCACGCAGGCUUCGUGGAGAUCUGCGUGGCUGUGUGUCGGCCUGAGUUCAUGGCCCGCUCCUCGCAGCUCUACUACUUCAUGACGCUGACUCUCUCAGACCUGAAGCCCAGCAGGGGACCCAUGUCGGGGGGCACCCAGGUGACCAUCACGGGCACCAACCUGAAUGCGGGCAGCAACGUCGUGGUGAUGUUUGGGACCCAGCCCUGCCUCUUCCACAGGCGGUCUUCCUCCUCCAUCGUCUGCAACACCACCUCCUCGGAGGACGUGCUGGCGAUGAAGGUGACGGUGCAAGUGGACAGGGCCAAGAUCCGCCAGGACCUGGUCUUCCAGUACGUGGAGGACCCCACCAUCGUGCGGAUCGAGCCGGAGUGGAGCAUCGUCAGUGGAAACACACCCAUCGCUGUCUGGGGCACUCACCUGGACCUCAUCCAGAACCCCCAGAUCCGUGCCAAGCACGGCGGGAAGGAGCACAUCAAUGUCUGUGAGGUCCUGAAUUCCACUGAGAUGACAUGCCAGGCUCCAGCCCUCACCCUGGGCCCUGACCACCAGUCGGACCUCACUGAGCGGCCGGAAGAGUUUGGUUUCAUCUUGGACAAUGUCCAGUCCCUGCUCAUCCUCAACAGAACCAACUUCACCUACUACCCCAACCCCGUGUUUGAGGCCUUCGGGCCCUCUGGGAUCCUGGAGCUUAAGCCUGGCACGCCCAUCAUUUUGAAGGGCAAGAAUCUGAUCCCGCCCGUGGCCGGGGGCAACGUGAAGCUGAACUACACCGUGCUGGUCGGGGAGAAGCCGUGCACCGUGACCGUGUCGGACGUGCAGCUGCUCUGCGAGUCCCCCAACCUCACCGGCAGGCACAAAGUGAUGGCCCGUGUCGGAGGCAUGGAGUACUCCCCAGGGAUGGUGUACAUCGUGCCCGACAGCCCGCUCAGCCUGCCCGCCAUCGUCAGCAUCGCCGUGGCCGGCGGCCUGCUCAUCAUCUUCAUCGUGGCCGUGCUUAUCGCCUACAAGCGCAAGUCCCGCGAGAGCGACCUCACCCUGAAGCGGCUGCAGAUGCAGAUGGACAACCUGGAGUCCCGCGUGGCCUUGGAGUGCAAGGAAGCUUUCGCCGAGCUGCAGACGGACAUCCACGAGUUGACCAGUGACCUGGAUGGAGCCGGCAUCCCCUUCCUGGACUACAGAACCUAUACCAUGAGGGUGCUGUUCCCGGGAAUAGACGACCACCCCGUGCUCCGGGACCUCGAGGUACCGGGCUACCGGCAGGAGCGCGUGGAGAAAGGCCUGAAGCUCUUCGCACAGCUCAUCAACAGCAAGGUCUUCCUGCUGUCUUUCAUCCGCACGCUGGAGGCCCAGCGCAGCUUCUCCAUGCGCGACCGCGGCAACGUGGCCUCGCUCAUCAUGACCGUGCUGCAGAGCAAGCUGGAGUACGCCACCGACGUGCUCAAGCAGCUGCUGGCCGACCUCAUCGACAAGAACCUGGAGAGCAAGAACCACCCCAAGCUGCUGCUGCGCAGGACAGAGUCUGUGGCCGAGAAGAUGCUGACCAACUGGUUUACCUUCCUCCUCUACAAGUUCCUCAAGGAGUGUGCCGGGGAGCCCCUGUUCUCCCUCUUCUGUGCCAUCAAGCAGCAGAUGGAGAAAGGCCCCAUCGACGCCAUCACGGGCGAGGCGCGCUACUCCCUGAGCGAGGACAAGCUCAUCCGCCAGCAGAUUGACUACAAGACCCUGGUCCUGAGCUGUGUCAGCCCAGACAAUGCCAACAGCCCCGAGGUCCCGGUGAAGAUCCUCAACUGUGACACCAUCACUCAGGUCAAGGAGAAGAUUCUGGACGCCAUCUUCAAGAACGUGCCCUGCUCCCACCGGCCCAAGGCUGCGGAUAUGGACCUGGAGUGGCGACAAGGAAGCGGGGCGAGGAUGAUCUUGCAGGAUGAGGACAUCACCACCAAAAUUGAGAAUGACUGGAAGAGACUGAACACGCUGGCCCAUUACCAGGUGCCGGACGGGUCGGUGGUGGCUCUAGUGUCCAAGCAGGUGACGGCCUACAACGCAGUGAACAACUCCACCGUCUCCAGGACCUCGGCGAGCAAAUACGAGAACAUGAUCCGGUACACGGGCAGCCCCGACAGCCUCCGCUCGCGAACCCCGAUGAUCACCCCCGACCUGGAGAGCGGAGUGAAGCUGUGGCACCUGGUGAAGAACCACGAACACGGCGACCAGAAGGAGGGCGACCGGGGCAGCAAGAUGGUGUCGGAGAUCUACCUGACGCGGCUGCUGGCCACCAAGGGCACGCUGCAGAAGUUCGUGGACGACCUGUUUGAGACCAUCUUCAGCACGGCGCACCGGGGCUCCGCCCUGCCCCUGGCCAUCAAGUACAUGUUCGACUUCCUGGACGAGCAGGCCGACAAGCAUGGCAUUCACGACCCGCACGUCCGCCACACCUGGAAGAGCAACUGCCUGCCGCUGCGCUUCUGGGUGAACAUGAUCAAGAACCCGCAGUUCGUGUUCGACAUCCACAAGAACAGCAUCACGGACGCCUGCCUGUCGGUGGUGGCCCAGACCUUCAUGGACUCCUGCUCCACGUCGGAGCACCGGCUGGGCAAGGACUCGCCCUCCAACAAGCUGCUCUACGCCAAGGACAUCCCCAGCUACAAGAACUGGGUGGAGAGGUAUUACUCAGACAUCGGGAAGAUGCCGGCGAUCAGCGACCAGGACAUGAACGCGUACCUGGCCGAGCAGUCCCGGAUGCACAUGAAUGAGUUCAACACCAUGAGCGCGCUCUCGGAGAUCUUCUCCUACGUGGGCAAAUACAGCGAGGAGAUCCUGGGACCCUUGGACCACGAUGACCAGUGUGGCAAGCAGAAGUUGGCCUACAAACUAGAGCAAGUCAUGGCCCUCCUGAGCUUCGACAGCUGAGAACCGACCUUCCAGGGCCGUCCUGGAGGGAGGGACACACCAAGCCGUGCCUCAGUCUAGAUCAUCAUCUUUACCAAGUGCAAGUCCGACUGGCAUCAGCAGCACCCCCUGGGCAGCGCUGCCCCUCUCUCCCUCCCCCCCUCUCUCUCCCUCCCUCCCCCUGCCUCUUCCUGUCUCUCCCUCCUUCCUGAAUCUCUCGUCUCUCAGUUGCUCUACCGACAUGAUUGGAGCGGGUCCCGGCCCCUGAGUCAGCGCAGGGCUGGCCUGGGCCCCUGCUCGGGGACCCGUCCAGAAGAUGCCAGUGGAGGGCUGUCCUGCCAGCUGUCCAUCAGCAGCGGGGCCCGAGCGUGGAGGAGCCGUGGACAGAGGCUGUUUCCGGGCUGCUGCCUCCUUUUCCACUUCGGGAGCCCCGGGUGCAGACCUUGGCCUAGGGGAGAGGCGGGGAGUUCAGUAAGAGCCUCCCCGGGAAGACACCACCUGGCGCCCCUCCCUGUGGCUCCUUCUCCAAGGGGCCCGCUGGUGGUCUAGGUGCUUUGCAGAUGCCAGAAGACCCACACCUCCCCCAGACCGGAGCAGAGAACGUGGGAGGAGCUGCAGCCGCUCCUUGGGAGUGCUCGUGUCCCCGUGCGAUCGCCACGGAGCCCUUCCAAGUGCCCGCAGGGACCGGCCUGCCCGGCCUCCUCCCCUGCCGGGCACAGCUGGCAGAAGGAAUGGCGGGGGCAUGCCAGCAGGAGACACUGCUGACCUUCGGGUCUGACAGAGAGGGAGAAAGCGAGAGCGCGCUGCAUCUACCCUGGAAGCAGACCUUGCUGUUUUUCAUGAAUCCCCCAGUGCACGUGAGUCACGACCAUAGUCCUGGGUCCAGUCCGUUGCCAGAGCCUUGGGCGCUGUCUCGAGGAAGCGCCUCCGCCCGCCUUGGCCUUCGGCACCCUUGGUCAGGGUCAGUGUGGACUGCGAAGGGCAGUGCGUCCAGGAGAUUCUACCUCCAGCCAUCCUUCCUGGGAGCCCACCGAAGGCUGGGGCGGCCAGCCCAGGCCCUGUUCCCUGCAGAACCUGGUGCCGCUGCUAUGCAGCCGACCUUGUCCCUGGGCCGUCCAGACCUCCUUGGAAGUGUUUCCUCAACAUCUGCGCGGUCUCUGUAGUCGAUCUUCCUCCUCCUCUCUACAGCGGUCGUCACUGACACACACGUACUCAAGCACAGGCUCGCCGAGACAGACCAAAACGUGCCAGCCAGGCCCAGCCCCAGCCUGGUGUGUCUGGGAGGGGUGGACCUGGCCGGAAGUGGGAGGGGACAGAAGGUGGCCUUGGCCGGGCACCCACCCGUCCAUCUGUCCUUCCACCUGGGGAUAGACUGUUUUCGCCAGUGAGGCAAGUGUGUGCUCAGAACCGAGGACCAGGUGAGCCUGGGCUGUGGCGAGCAGUGGUGUGGUGAGGGGUCCCAGGCCCCUGUAAGGAACCUGAGAUGCCGCCUGGGAGGGUGCAUCGUGGCCACAAGCAGGAAUCUCUCUGGGCAGCUCUGGUCUCCAGCUGUGGGUACACCCCCGGGGAGCCAAGCAGCAGCGGGCAAGGCGCUGUUGAGGAUCAGGAACCCACAGUCUUGUUUUCCCACCCCAAGCAUCGGGACGUCCUUCCGGCCAUCCACUCCAAAGGAGCCCCACGUGGGAAGGGACCUCGCUGCUUCCCACAAAGCCUACAUAGCAUCCUGCACUUUGAAGAGUACUGGUUCCUCUGGCUAUGAAUAAGUGUGCAUGUGUGUGAGUGCAUGUGCACGUGUGUGUGUGUGUGUGUGAGAGAGAGAGAGAGAGAGAGAGCGAGAGCGAGCCCCAGGAGUAAGCAGAGAGCUCGAAAGAUCUCUCGACCUGGGCAAGAGGGUUUUGAACUGUUUUUUCCAUCCCCUUCCCUGGCGGGUCAUCCUGCAGCCUCCGGCAUCUCCCCCACGGGCUUUGUAAGCUGAGCACUGGUGGGCAGGAGGAGAGGUCCCCUGUCUACAGGAAGUCAGGGCGGUGACCUGUGGAGGACAGAACGGUGAAGGGCACAAGCCCCCUGGCAAACAAGAGAGGCAGAAGAUGCAUUCGACAGGCGGACAGACGACCAAAGGCUUUGGCAAACGAAAAGCCAGGUGGAGCAGCCUGGCGGGGAUUCCUCCCCAGAGCAGAGACCUGGCAGGCCACCAGGGGAGUCUGUGGGUGGUGGGACUGAUGCAAGGUUGCUGCGCGUGGCGGGUUGGGGAGGAGAGAGACCCGAGCGUAUUUAACACAGAUUUGCAGGAUGGAGGCUGUGUGUGAGCGAGCGUGCAUGUGUGUGAGUGCGUGUGUUUUGAUUUAUUUUUUAAGUUUUGCACAGUUAAAGGAAACAAAUGAACAAGCAGAACGAGACUGUU